UUGUCAGAAGAGGCGGACAAAUUCGUGAGUUUUUAUUGGCUGUAACAUUGAAUUCCCUCUUAAAUCAUCUUUUGAAUUUACCGCUUCUCUGUGUAUUUGACCCACAAUUAAAUAAUUCUCAAUUAAAUUUAUUUAAAAAUAAACUGAAGUACAAAUAAUAAUAGUUAUAUAUUUUUUUGAGCACAUUUCAAGUAAUUAUGCCUUUAAAAACGUUAACGUUAAAAAUGAUUUUUUAUUACCUAACAAUCUCUGUAAUCAUUGUCGUUUUUGGCGGGUGAAUAGCGUCUUGCAUUAUUUGGAUGUGGAUCUGACUUGAGGCUGGUCAGCAAUACAAUUCUCUUGUAAAUUUGACUUUAUUUUCCUUUACGUUUUAAAUUACGAUAUAAUUCUUAUAACAACUAGUAUAGGAAUAUCAAGUAACUAUUGUAAUAGGUAUUUCAUUUGUACACUGAUAAAAUUACUGUAACCUAAAGACCACCAUGCCACAAGCUAGAGUUGAAGUGUAUGACAAAGAAAACACCAGUCCUAAAUAUAUUCAUGAUGCACCUCACUACACUAAGGUGGAUUCUCCUAGCGUUUCUAAUGGAAUAGCCAGUCUGGUUUUACGAGAUUCAACUAAUCUAGUCAAGAAGGAAGAGGCAAAUGGAGAGGGUAAGCUGGAAGUGGUGGAGGGAAAGUUUGACCCCCAGCUGGAGCCACUGUUGCGUGAGAACCCACGCAGAUUCGUGGUGUUCCCUAUUGAAUAUCAUGACAUCUGGAAAAUGUACAAGAAGGCAGAGGCCUCGUUCUGGACAGCUGAGGAGGUGGAUCUCUCUAAGGACAUACUAGAUUGGGAACGGCUAAAUGACAGUGAACGUCAUUUUAUCUCUCACGUACUUGCCUUCUUUGCUGCAUCCGAUGGCAUCGUUAAUGAGAAUCUCGUAGAAAGGUUCAGCCAAGAAGUCCAGGUGACGGAAGCUCGGUGUUUCUAUGGCUUCCAGAUCGCAAUGGAGAACAUCCACUCAGAAAUGUACAGCCUGCUGAUUGACACCUACAUACAUGAUGCUAAGGAGAGGGACUUUCUGUUCAACGCCAUCGAAACAAUGCCCUGUGUCAAGCGCAAAGCUGAUUGGGCAUUGCAGUGGAUCGCCAGCGAGACCGCAACGUUUGGUGAGCGUAUUGUAGCGUUCGCUGCAGUCGAGGGUAUCUUCUUCUCCGGUAGCUUCGCUUCCAUCUUCUGGCUCAAGAAGCGUGGCCUCAUGCCCGGACUAACCUUCAGCAAUGAACUGAUCUCACGUGACGAGGGACUACACUGCGACUUCGCCUGUCUCAUGUUCAAACACCUGGUUCAGAAGCCAUCAGAGGAAAGAGUGAAGAGUAUUAUCCGGGAAGCAGUCGUGAUAGAGCAGGAGUUCCUGACGGCAGCUCUCCCCGUCAGCCUCAUCGGCAUGAACUGUGAUCUCAUGAAGCAGUACAUCGAGUACGUGGCAGACAGACUGCUCUUCGAGCUUCAGUGCUCUAAGAUCUACCAUUCUGAGAAUCCUUUUGACUUUAUGGAGAACAUCUCUUUGGAAGGCAAAACCAACUUUUUUGAAAAGCGUGUCGGUGAAUACAAGAAGAGCGGCGUUAUGGAUGAAAAGACCGAGAAUGUGUUUGAUAUGGAGGCCGACUUUUGAACUAGGUCCUCGUAAUCUGAAAUUAAUAUUGUCUUUCAUACAGCAAAGAAACCAACAGAAAGUAAUCAGUUAUAUUUGAAACUAUACUAAAAAUCUCUUCCUUUGUAUCUGAAAUAAUAACGUACUUAUUUAUUGUUUGACUUUGAAUUCAAGUACGAUUCAAGAGAUAUAGUUUUUAAGAAAAAUUGUAUUUAAUGUUUUAUAUUUGUAAAUACUAGAUUAUUUGCUCUUUAUUAUACUUAAUAGUUUUAGUAACUCUAUCUACUGUUUUUUCUCUUUUAAUUUUAGUGAACUUUAAAAGUCACCAAGUUUAUUUUAACAUAAAUUACACACAGCUAUACACAUGUUAAAUUUGUAUUUGAGUUCUGUUAAAUAGACUCGCAUUUAGCCCACCAUUUAAAUAAUAUCCCACUGUAGUAUAGUUAUAAUGGAUUGUUCAGCACUCAUGUACCAAAUAUGGUACAUAAUAUAAUAUUAUACGGUUUCCUGUGUGGCAGGUAUAUUUAAAUAAGAGAUUCAGGAAUAAUAUUAAUAUUAAAAAUGUUAACUAUACCAAAAAUACAUAAUAUUCAAUUCUACUGUUGUUAAAAUGAUCUGCCUAGUAUACAUGAACUGUAUUACGUUUUAUCGUAAAUGCCAUUAUAUUUAUAUAAAAGAAACAGGAAAUGUUAGAAUGAAGGUUUAUAUUAUUAUUCCUGUUCAUAUUUUAGUUCAUAAUAUAGUAUUUUUUAAACUCUAUUAAUAUCCUUUAUUUUUUGUUUAGUCAGUUUCUCAGUAUUUCACGUGUGAUUUGUACAUUUCUUUAGAAUAAAGUAAGAUAAGCUUUGUAUAAAAA